AUGACUUACCAAACUACAAGAAAAACAUUUUUAAUACCAACAAAAAGAAUUACACAAUUUGGAAGAACAACAUAUCAUCUAAAUCAACCACAAAUUAGAUUAAUUCAAACAAUUGAAGGAACCAAAUAUGUUGGAGUAUCAUUUUCAUCUUCAUAUUCAGCAAAUAAAAUUAUUCUUGAAGCACAAAAACAAAUGUUAAUAGAUGAAGAAGGAGAGAAAUUAUUUUGUUUAUAUAAUUUACCAUUUUAUUUUGAUGAUCAAACAGAAGUAUUGUUUGUUAUUAUUUAA